UAUCACAACAUACAUGACGUGGACAUUGUAGAGUGCUACUGGGUGGAGAGGGACACAAUACAGGAACCCUGCGACCUCUGCUGGCCUGAACUCAGAGCAACAGCCUUUACCUGCCCAUGAAUUGGCUGUGUACUGUUUGCAUCACAUGCAGCUCUGAAAUAACACUAUGGCAACUGCUGCAUUUACAAGGUGACUAACAAAAAUGCUUCGACGGAGUGAACGCAUUGCUGCUCAGAAUCAGCUGUUAAAUAAAAAUAGUGGAAACAGUUCCAAUCCUUCUCCUUCCUUACCAAAAACCUCUGCACCAGCUAAAAAGACCUUGCUCAGAAGAAAGCCAGGGGGACAAGUCCAGUAUCCCUCAUCUGUGCACAUUGUGGGAAAGUCUGUUUUAGUCAAUUGUUGCGACAACAAAAGGCAUGGUUCUGCUUCAUCCAGUGACUAUGAGAAAAGAAUUAGCAGGUCUAGCACGGUCAGCAGCUGUGACAGUUACAACAGAAAAGACCACGCCCCAGAGCCGUCACCCAGGAAAAAAUUGCCGUUACUGCUUCUGCUUUUACUUCAUAUCCUACUUUUAUGUAUUCCUCUGUUUGGUGCAAAAGUGAUUAACACUGGUGAUACAGAAACUUAUGGAACCUGCUUCCCCCGGUUGUGGUGUUACUACCAUGCAGAAGCCAUCUUAGAGCCAGAUGUGAGUCGGGGAAAUUGCUGGGCAUUUAAGGGACAUAAAGGAUCAGCUACAAUUCAGCUUCCAGUGACAAUAAGACCAACGGGAUUUUCAGUGGAGCAUAUUCCAAAAUCCAUGUCACCUACGGGAAGGAUUGAUAAUGCCCCAAAAGACUUUUCAGUCUAUGGUUUGGAUAAUCCUAAUGACAAACUGGAGACUCUUCUUGGGAAGUUCACCUAUGACCAGAAUGGAACUCCAGUACAGACCUUCUUUAUUCAGCCUAAGGAUGUAAAAACUUAUAAAAUAAUUGAAUUGCGAGUGGAGAGUAACUGGGGAAAUCCAACACACACGUGUAUUUAUCGUUUCCGUGUACAUGGAGAUCUACAGAAGUAGAGUCCAUCAUCACUAUGAAGAAAUGUUUCAUCACUGCCAAAUAAAAAGAAGAAAACACAGCUGCAUCCAUUAUCAGACUGACAUAUUUUUAUCCUCCCUGGAAUGCUGUCAUGCUGUGGCAACAAGGGAAAUAAAAGAUUUUAUUGGAA